AUGCUUCGUAGACGUCGCGUCUUGCACAUGAAGACAUUUGCGGACAUUCGGCUCCGCAAGCGCCCGAGCGCCGUUCUCAUCGUCUCGCUUGCGAGUCGGGGUCGUCUAGGUCGGUGUUGGAACGUGUGGCGGUCCCUAGGAGGCUUGGGCGCAGUCAUGGUGGCUCAAGGUGGCGAGGUUAUUUUUUCUUCGCCAUUCUAUCUCUGGGCUUGCGCCUCGCGCCUCGGGGCGCGAGAGCACUCCCAAGCUGCAGGCUGGGGGCCACUUCCCAUCCACAACAACAGUGCUGAUCUGUACAUGGACCAUACCACCAACGGUGUCUUGUAUCAAUGA